AUGAAGUUUUCCCACGCCGCCGCCAUUCUUUUCGCCGCCGUCGCUUCGGCCGGCGUUGCUGGCGACCGCCAACCCAAGUUGGAACCGGCGGAACCGGCCUACGACGAGUCGUCGGCGCUCGAUCAGUCACCGUACGAGCCGCCGACAUUCCUGCAGCCCUCGCAGAGGCGGUUUCUCCAUGCCAACUGGGCGAGUCGAUGA